CGUUGGAGAAGUAGAGAAGAAGAGAAAAAGUGAAGGAGAUCGUAUAGGGAAGGAUGAGAAACGGUCGAGGAGAUUGAAGCCCUAAGGACCGAACGAGAAAGGGUGAAGAGAAUGAAGAAUGUCCCACCUCAGAGGAGCGCGGAAUCGUUGAAGAUUCCCUUACAACAAGGACCUCAGGACAGACGAGAAAAAGACUCUGGGAAAACCAUCGAGUUGAAUGAGUGGGGAAAUAUCGAAUGUACGAAUGACAAGAAAGAUAUAUCAUGCGGACCUUCUACGAAGAUGAAUACUGAUGUUAAAACAGGAACAACCCAGGAGGUGAUUCAGGAAAUUCAAGGAGAGAUCUGGGUGUCGAGUAUCUGGUUUGAGGAGGACCGGAAUACAAGUGAGAAUGAGGAGGAAGAUAUACGCUGUCGAACUUCCACGGAGAUGGGUAUUAGCAAUGUAGUGAGGACAGUGGAAGAGCCAGAGCAGGGAGAGUUCUGGGUAUCUAGUGUCCGGUUUGAGGAGGACCUAGACCCGAAUGAUAGUCUGACGGUUGGGAUUUCGAGUAUUCGGUUCGAGAGUUGCGAGGAGGAUUCUAAUGCAGCUUCGGUGUGUGCUGAGAAAAUGAGUGAGGAAUCAGAAGAAAAUGGAGCCGAUGACACUAACCUUGACAUUAAAGUCUCGCCGAGGGGCGAAGGGCCGAAGGUUAUUCAGGAAACGUGGGUAGAUCGAACCACGACACAGAAAGAGAUACCAAUGAUUGAAGAAUGCAGAGGCUUGAAAAAGAUUGGCGAUACUCAAAACAAGAGGGCAAAGGACUCAGACACAAGAUAUGAGCUUGCCCCAGCGUUUAAGUGUGUAGAGCCGGAUAUCAGCUAUGAGCUGGCUCAACUUUCUGAGACCAUCAAGCCAGAUGUUAGCUAUGAGUUGGCUCAAUUGUUUGAGAUCCCCGAUCUGGACAUGGGUUGUGAGCUUGCCCAGCCAUUUGAGUAUGUUGACCCAGAUGUCGGCUACAAGCUGGCUCAUCCUUUUGAGACCGUCGAGUUGAACGUCAGCUAUGAGCUGGUGCAACUAUUUGGGACCAUCGAACAUGAUGACGAUUAUGACUUAGCUCAACUCUUCGAGGCCUCCGAACCGGGUAUCGACUAUGGGCUUACCCAAUUGUUGGAGACCGUCGAGCCGGACGACGGCUAUGAGCUUGGACAACUGUUUGAGACCCUCGAGUCCGACGUCGACUAUGAUCUUGCCCAACUGUUGGAGACCAUCGAUACGUCCGGAAACGAUGUUGGGUAUAGUUUUAAGAGCCAAAAUCUGGUAACUAUGAAAGAUAUUGGAGAUUUCAUAAUGGAUCGAUGCACGACGGUGAGUGUUGAAGGAGAAUUAGACGGGAACCUUUUGGAAGGACAAGACAAUGAGAUUCGACUUUCAUCUGACCAAGAAGGCGGAGGAAAUGUCAUCGUGGAAGUUAAGUUUAUUGAGGAUGCUGACCAUCUUAAAAGCACGUCGAGAUAAUUUAAGGAACUGUCAGAACUCAGGAAAGGGUUACAAGU